UCAUUACCUCACGAGCAGGGAGGAGGCUGCCGGGAUAGCGGAGGACCGUCCCUCGGCCCCUCUCCGGUCCUCCAGCUCCCCUCGCAGCCCGGCGGCCCGGGAAAGCUCCCGGCGGGCCCUGCCCCCCCCACCCCUCCCGCCGGGCCCGCUUCUCUGGGGAGCCUCGCCUAGGCCCAUGGCUCCAUGAGGCGGGAGGAGGAGGAGGCGGCGGCGGCGGGGCAGCAGCAGCAGGAGCAGCAGCAGCAGCGGCGGCGGCGGCGGCUGGGCUGAGACGGAGGAGAAGCCGUGUCCGCCUCGGACGUGUACAGGAGGGUUCUGCAGUGCUCCAGGCAGCAAGGUUCAAAGCACAAUGGGAAAAAGACGCUGUGUUCCUCCACUUGAGCCCAAGCUGGCAGCUGGCUGUUGUGGGGUGAAGAAGCCCAAAUUGUCUGGGAGUGGAACACACAGUCAUGGGAAUCAGGCCACAACAGUACCAGGCUCCAGUUCAGGUCCUCUUCAGAACCACCAGCACACAGAUGGGAAUAAUGGAAGGGAGAACGUAUCUGACUUGACUUUGGGCCCAGGAAAUUCCCCAAUUACUCGAAUGAAUCCCACUUCAGGAGCUCUGAGCCCACUUACUCGGCCCAAUGGAACUGCCAACAGCACCAAGAACCUGGUGGUGACAGCGGAGAUGUGCUGCUACUGCUUUGAUGUACUCUACUGUCAUCUCUAUGGUUUCCCUCAGCCACGACUUCCUCGAUUUACCAAUGACCCCUACCCACUCUUUGUGACGUGGAAGACGGGGCGAGACAAGCGGCUUCGUGGCUGCAUUGGGACCUUUUCAGCCAUGAAUCUUCACUCAGGACUCAGGGAAUACACAUUAACCAGUGCACUUAAGGACAGCCGAUUCCCCCCCCUGACCCGCGAGGAGCUGCCCAAACUCUUCUGCUCUGUCUCCCUCCUCACUAACUUUGAGGAUGCCAGUGACUACCUGGACUGGGAGGUUGGGAUCCAUGGGAUCAGAAUAGAGUUCAUCAAUGAGAAAGGUGUCAAACGGACAGCCACGUAUUUACCUGAGGUUGCUAAGGAACAAGAUUGGGAUCAGAUCCAGACUAUAGACUCCUUACUCAGGAAAGGUGGCUUUAAGGCUCCCAUUACCAAUGAUUUUAGGAAAACGAUUAAACUUACCAGGUACCGCAGUGAGAAGGUGACAAUCAGUUAUGCAGAAUACAUGGCUUCCCGUCAGCAUUGUUUCCAGAACGGAGCUCUUCAUGCCCCUCCCCUCUACAAUCAUUACUCCUGACACACGGCUGCAUGACCAGUCCCACUCCCCAGUUGCUGCCAAUGGCUAUGACAUCAUUGGGGCAGAUGCCUCCUCUUCCUGGUCCAGUUACUUCUAUUACUGCACCAUUUUAUGAUGCUAGCUUCCGUUGCCAAGUCUGCCUUCCAGCUGACCUGGGGGGAGAAUGAGAGCGUGACAGAACUUCUGGGGCCCAAGCCUUAUCUCAGCCUUCCUCCUAACGGGGAUCCAGUUGGAUUGGGGCUCCGUACCUACAAACUGUUGUGAAGUGCAGAAGACCUCUAGGAGUGAAAGUGCCACUUUGGACUGAUCCUGUCUUGUGUGUUACCAACACUCUGGAAUCUUGAGUUGCUUGUUUUGGAAGCCCCCAGAUCAAGUGGGAGCAUUCCCCUGGCAGCCUGGGCAACGGAGUCCAACAAAACAUUUUUUAGGUUCUUUUUAAUUUUUUUUAACUUCUUUUAUCUGUUGUGUACCAAGAGCUGAUUGCAGUCCCCACACAUUGCAGGCAGACAAUAUGAUAUUGGGGUUAUGGAGGGGUUAAACAUCUGGGUAGCACCCAUCCUUAUGGACAGAAAACAGGUGAAGAUGUGGAGAAACAUUCAGAUGGUAUCACAGGUUAAUCUGAUAUUUAAAUAAACCCUAGAAGGCUUUAAUUAUCAGCUCCCACUGUAGGUUGGAUUCUUGAGAAAUUCUCUUGGUUUACGGUUUUCUGGGUUUUCAGCCUGUCCUGUGUAGUGCAGCCUGCUGUGGCACAGAACAGGGCAGUGCCUUUAGGAGCAACAUGGCAGGGGCUGUGUCAUCCAGGGAGGAAUUACUGCAAUGUUCUGGCCAGGCUCCUCUGCUUGGACCAAGUAUUGUGUCCACACAUUUCUAAUGGAGCCUAAUGGGAUUAGGGUUGGGGAGGGGUUUGCAGGGCACUGGCUAUAGUCACACAAGUGAGCCUAGUGACUAAAAUUUGUUUAACUUAAGCUAACAGUCUCGGGGACCUUCCUUUUGGUAGGACAGCCACGUUCUCUGAUGUGAUUAUCAAUCUUGAGAGCUGCAAGUAUUCCAGUUUCUAGCAAGCCUAUGGAAUAGAGCUGUGUGGUUUCACUGUUACCUUACACAGUUUAGUCAUUACCACAUCAAGACCAUGAGUGGGGAAAGCUGUAUUUCCAAAGCUAUGUGAAACUUGAGUGCAUUCUGUAUUUCUUCUCCUCCCAUCAUUGAUGAUUACGAGAAAUAUUCCUAAGGGGAGUUACCUAGUUUUUAUUCUGCAGUGUAAUUGAGGGAUGUCAAACUAAAUUUGUAUGCUCUCCAUGAAGACAGUUUUACUUCAGGAAACAUUUUUUUUUCUUUUUGUUCUGUUUUCCAAGUUUCUGAAGGGUCAACAAUGAUCAGGAAAGAAAAUACAAGUGUGUAAUAGAGUAGUGGCUGUUUGGUUGCAUCUGUCUUUAAAGUUUGCUUGUGUGUGGUAAUGAUGGCUUCUAAAAUGGGCUGGUGUUGCAAGACUGAAAUUCCCCCCUGGCAUGUCAGAGAACAGGGCUGGUAGAAAGCUCAGCACUGCCUGCUGCUGCUCCUCUUGGGCCCAGAGAAGCAAACAGAACUGUGAGGUUUUGCUUCAUGUUGGUCUAAUGUUCUGCUGGAGGAGGCACAAUGGAAAGGAGGGAGUCCUACGCUGGAUAAAGGUGCAAUAUUGACCCAGCUUUCCUCCUGCACUGGGUCAUUCUUAUAGAUUGCCACUUUUCCCCUGUGAUGUUGAAAAACAAUUGAAGAUUAAGGGAUUGUUUCGUUAUUUCCUGCUGCUGAGAAUAAAUCCGUCUUGUUACAAACUUGAGUGGUUUGUAAUUACUCUCCCAGGUGCCACAUGGAGUUGGGGGAGGGUGGGGUCAGCUCUGGACAUACCAUGCACCUCUCAGCUGUCAAACAGUAUGAUACAUAGGGCUACACUUAUUACUGGUCAAGUGUUCUAUGUUAGAAUUUAAUUUCUGAAAGGUAUUUAAAAAAAAAAAAAAAUGGUGCUAAAACUUCACCCCUGGGCACGUUCAGUGAGACUGGUCAUGCAGGCACACAGUGCCAAGCUUUCCAACAAUAUGGUUUGUUUUUCAAAUGUUUGCCCUGUUCUGUGUCUUCAACCGUGUAUAGUGUUUUA